AUGCCGUCGCAGGCAUCAACGAACUGUAAAGCAGCAGUGGAGAAGAGUCUAGAAGGAACCGCAGCUCUCGUAACAGCCGGCGGCACGGGACUCGGUCUCGGUAUCGCAAAACGCCUGGCUCAUGAUGGUUGUCGAGUGACAAUCUGUGCACGUCGUGAGGCAGUGCUCGCUGCUGCAUUGGAUGAGAUUGGUAAUGAUGCGCAAUACGUUGUGUGCGACGUCACCGAUGACAGUCAGGUCAAAGCUGCGGUAGAAGCUGCAGCAGAACCCCUCGGCCGUCUGGAUAUAGCAGUCGCCAACGCCGGUGGCGGUGCCGCCGCAGGCCCCCUGGUGUUGACCGAUCUUGAAGCAUGGAACGCAACGCUGGCACUCACGUUAACCAGCACACUGUCGACAAUCAAACACGCGGCUCCCAUUAUGAGCCGUGGCAAUGGCGGCGCCAUCGUUGCCGUAUCGUCUAUCGCGGGUCAUCUGACACAUCGCAACCUCGGUCAAUACUGUGUCGCAAAAGCAGGCGUUGAAAUGCUGGUGCGCAACAGCGCCGACGAACUUGGGCACUAUGGCAUCCGUGUGAAUGGUGUGCGACCAGGGUUGGUACCCACUGAAAUGGCCGCGGGAUUGCAACAGACUGAUGCCGUACGUGAAGACUACCUGGCGCAAAUGCCACUCAAACGACUCGGUAAACCUGAAGAUGUGGCAGCCGCAGUACGUUUUCUUGCCGGGCCCGAAGCGGCAUGGAUCACAGGUCAAUUACUGGGGGUAGACGGCGGCCACUCACUCCGGCGCGGACCCGACCUGGAUGCCAUUUUCGCCCCAACCGCAGAUGCGCAACUGGCCGACUUAAUGCGCGCCGAGGUCAUCAAAGUGGAAGCCUUCGAUGGAGACAUCAUGCGUCAUACUCAGAAAAGUGUUGACGGAUUCACCACCACCUUCGUAGCCAGCAAUCGAGGCAAGAAGGGCAUCGCCAUCGACCUCAAGCAUAAGUCAGGCAAUGAGAUGAUCAAACGCUUCGUUCCCUACGUGGAUGUAGUGGUACAGAAUUUUCGACCCGGCGCGGUGGAACGCAUGGGAUUGGAUUACGACACUCUAAAACAAGUCAACCCAAGCAUCGUUUACUGCUCAAUCUCAGGCUUCGGCAACAAGGGUCCAUACAUAAACAAACGUAUCUACGAUCCCAUCAUUCAGGGCAUGUCGGGGUUGAACGCUGUUCAAGGUGGCCCCGGGCAGCGGCCUGAGAUGAUCAAGACAUUGAUACCCGAUGUCGUGACCGCAUUAACCGCGGCCCAGGCCAUCACCGCCGCACUGCUGGCACGUGAACGCUCUGGCCAAGGUCAACAUGUCACUGUCGCGAUGAUUGAUGCGAUGAUUGCGCUAAUCUGGCCCAGCAUGAUGGCCAACAACAUGCGUGUCGAUGAAAACGGCGAGAAUCCGCCACCAACAGGCACCGCGCGCAGAGGUGAGCUGAUAUUCAGAACGACUGACGGCUACAUCACCGCUGCAGCUGUAUCCGAAGCUGAGUGGCAAGGCUUAUGUACUGCGCUGGACAAAGCGGAGUGGUUAAAUCACGACCGACUCAACACCCCUGCGGGCAGGGUCGCCAAUAGCGCAACGCUGAUUGAAUUACUUUCUCCAAUUUUCGAGCAACAAGCCUCCGCUCACUGGCUUAAGCUAUUUGACGAACACGAUGUGCCCUGCGGCCCGAUACUGACCCCUGCCGAUCUACCGAACAAUGAACAGAUCAUUGCCAACGAACUUAUUGAGGUAUUUGAUCAUCCGGGUAUUGGCAAGAUCCGCCAGGCGCGACCCGCCGCCAAAUUCUCUGCAACGCCUGCGCACAUUCAAGGGCCUGCGCCCGGCAUUGGCGAACACACACGUGCCAUCCUGCAGCAAUUCGAUUUCUCUGAUCCGGAAAUCGACGACCUGUAUGCCCAAGGCGAACUCAUGACAGCACUGGUUACCGCCAUAGACGAUGCAAGCGCCGACAAGGCCGUCAGAGUCAUCGGGAUCACCGGAAUUGGCGAUACUUUUUGCGCUGGUGCUGAUUUGAGCCCGGGUCGAAGUCGCGACAGUGCGGAGGACACAGUGGAGAGGGUCGUGCAGCUGGUAACCGGUAUCCGUGUGCGCUGCCAGAAACCCGUCAUUGCAGGCAUUAAUGGCCUGGCCAUUGGUGCCGGUCUGUCGCUGGCCAUGUGCUGCGACAUACGCAUGGCCAGUAGCGAUGCUUCAUUUCACCCGGGCUACGCACGCGUUGGCACCUCACCCGACUGCGGCCUGACCUGGACACUGCCGCAGGCGGUCGGCCAUGAGCGCGCGAUGCGAUUUCUGCUUGAAAUUGAAUUCAUCGACGCACCGCAGGCACUCGCCAUGGGUAUGAUCGGCGAGGUAGUGCCUGCAGAUGUUUUCUCGGAAGCAUUUCUUGCCUAUUGCGAAAAGAUCGCCAAGGUUGCGCCAUUGUCUGCCACCCAGACCAAAUUGCAGGUCACACAAGUGGGAUUGCCUGAGGACCUCGAAGCGCUCGUGCGAACGGAACUGCAUUAUACCGGCAAAGGCUUAGCCAGCAGUGACGGUAAAGAGGAGCUUAACAUGUCAGACAACGCUAAACGGGACACCCCUGAACAACAGGAAUUCAGGCAAUACUGCCGGGAUUGGUUGGCCAGCAAUGUACCACCACCGCCAAGCUUCAAGCCGCUGAAAAGCGGCGCGGAAUUGGCAACUGAGGAACAUCUGGCCUAUUACAGCGCCUGGCAGAAGGCGGCCUACGACGCAGGCCUGGUGGGCUGCGAUUACCCGGUGGAGUACGGCGGCGGCGGACGAACCCGCUGCCAGUCUGUUGCCAACCAGGAAAUGUUAAGCGCCAGGACACCGAUCAUGCCCGGUGCCAUCGGGCUUGGGAUGGCCGCGCCCACCCUCUUUUUUCAUGGGUCGGAAGAUCUGAAGCGGCGCUUGCUGCCUAAGCUGUUGUCCGGUGAAGAAUUGUGGUGCCAGGGCUUCAGUGAGCCCGGCGCCGGCUCCGAUCUGGCCAGUGUGCAAACUUUUGCAGAGCGAAAAGGGGACAAGUGGGUAAUCAACGGGCACAAGGUGUGGACCUCAACUGCACAGUUUGCCACCUGGAUGAUCCUGCUCGCACGCACCGACAAGUCGGACAAGUACAAUGGUCUGACCUACUUUGUGGUGCCGAUCAAAUCAGAGCUCGACAAGACGGUCACGGUCCGACCGCUCAUCAAGAUCACCGGUGAGACAGGCUUCAACGAAGAGCUGUUCGAGAACCUGGAAAUCGACGAUGCCUACCGCCUCGACGACGUCGGCAAAGGCUGGCAGGUAGCCAUGACCACGCUGGCCCACGAACGCGGCGCAGGCCCCCUGACCUCUCCUUCGUCCGGUGGCCAGGGUGCCGAAGUGAAAAAGGAAAACGGUAUCAAUGAAUUUCCGCUGCUCAAACUCGCCCAGCAAUGCACACGCAAUGGCAGCCCGGCAGCAGACGACGCGGUUAUACGUGACAAGGUCAUGAAAAUGUUAGUGCGCCAAGUGGGCAUCAAACAACAUCGCCGCAUUCGCAGCGUAACCGGGUUAGUGGACCAGCAACGCCUGGCGCUCCAGGAUAAACUGUUAGCUACCGAAUACCAGCAAGACGCCGCGGCAGUUGCCUUAGAGAUCGAGGGGCCGGCUGGAACGCUAUCCAACUUCGAUAAACACGCACCGGAUCAAGGCAAGUGGCCUCUGUCUUAUCUGAGUUCAUUCGGCGGCACCAUCGCCGCGGGCACCAGUGAAAUUCAAAGAAACAUUUUGGGUGAGCGAGUACUUGGUCUGGACUUCGGCUUCGACGCUGAUGCUCUUGCACUAAAAGAUGUUGCGGAGAAAUUUUUCCAAGACAAUCUACCCACGCACAAGCUGCACCAGUUGGUAGCCCAGGACAGUGACCUGGCCAACGGCUCGGUAAGCCGCUGGGACAAGGACUUGUGGCAACAAGUUGUAGAUUUGGGUUGGCUGAUGGUGGCCGUGCCGGAGCGCGUGGGCGGCAUGGGUAUGCCUGCCGUCGCGGUCACCAGUUUAGUGGAGCAGGCCGGACGUGCCGCCCUUCCCGGACCGCUCAUUGCAACGCUGAGCACAUCCUACAUUCUCGGCGCUUGCGGCACUAACAAUGCGGACAACGCGUUAGGUCUCAUCUGCGAAGGCAAAACAUUCAGCUAUGGCGCCAGCAAUAAAUUCGGCGCCUGGGAACACAAUGCUUCCGAACUGGUACUGGAAGAUAACCAAUUGAACGGCGCGCUCUACUUCGUGCAGGAUGCUCAAAAAGUCGACUAUUUCCUGGUCAACGCCAAACGCGAGAGCGAACCAACUCUAGUGGUUGUACCAGCAAAUCUGGACGGGCUCACGAUCGAGCCUAAUACAAUCAUUGAUCUGACCCGCGACCAGGCUUGCUUGCGGUUCAAUCAGGUCGCCAUCGAAGACAGCCAGAUUGUCAGCGCGCCAGGCCAAGCGUUGGCCGCGCUGCAGCACGCCACCCCGGCGCUGCUCGCAAUGAUCUGCGCCGACAUGUGUGGUGCAGCGGAAUGGCAGCUGCAGACAACAGCAGACUAUGCGCGUACCCGCAAACAGUUCGAUCGCAACCUGGGUUUCUUUCAGGCGGUAAAACAUCCGUUGGCGGAUUUCAUGGUGGCGAUAGACCUGGCACGUGCCCAUCUAUAUAACGCCGCGUGUGCCAUUGAUCAUGAACCGGACAAUGCAGAGCUGUACGCUCGUAUGGCCAAAUCCGCUGCAAAUGACGUCGCUUCGUUCGGAUCGAGGAAGUCGGUGCAGCUGCAUGGCGGCAUCGGUUUUACCUGGGAGAGCUUCGUACACAUUUAUUUGAAGCGCCAACUGCACAGCCAGACGCUGUGGGGUGACGCCACCUAUCAACGGCAGAAAUUGGCUGAGCUGAUACUCAGCGGGGGAGAAUCGAAAUGA